AUGGGGAUCAUCGUUGGUGCUACGGAUAGGAAUUCGAGGCUUGCCUCAUUCGGGGAAUCUCCAAAGUCUGGUGUCUCGCAGGUAGCGAGAGUAUGUGCAACGAGGACGACGUAGAAAUGGAAAGGUGGGGAGUGCGGCAGAGAGGAGUUCGAAGAUGAGGAGGGAUCGCGUGAAGGGCAGAGCGAGGGCAACGGAAUGGGCAAUGGAAUUGUGCAAUGGGCGCUAAGAGCAGUGGGAGGGGGAGUGGUGGCUGGUGCUGGUAGCGACAGGCGCAGAUUGGAGAGAGAGAGAGUUGGUGCGGUGGUGAUUUUGGGCGUUGGGUUUGUGAAGCUUCGAGGUCGUCUCCAGGCACACCUUGUUGCCGAAAAGGUGAAAAUCGGUACAGGGAGGGAGCGGUGGUCCGCAACAAAGGCUUUGUCAGCUACCGUCCGUGAUACCACCGAACACACUCGAGGACUCGACGAAGACUCGACGAAGACUUGA